ACUCCACUUGGUUUGUACGUAAGGUUGAGCCAUGGAACAGUGUGAGAGUGACUUUUUCCAUCCCUCGGGAGGCUGCUGUGCGCCUGCACCAGCUGGCGCAGGCAGGAGACCAAGCAUUGCGACAACUGGGUAUCCUUUCUGUUCAAGUGGAAGGAGACCAGGUGAUCUCCUUGAAGGUGGCUGGUCCAAACAAUGAGUCCACAGAGAUCGUCCUUCGAACAGAUGGGGGAGCCAGUGAUGGUGCUGGACCAUCUAGUGUGGCAAGAUCAGUAACCACUGCACUGGGCAGUGCUGGGCUUAUGACUGGGGCUGCCCAGCCCACUGAAGUUGUGGCAGCCCCACCAUACCGUAGUGUUGCUCCCAAUGUUGUUGCACCUGUUGGGGAUAGCAUCCCUCUAACACCUCGCCCAAUGCCCCAAGUGCGACCUCCUUUCCCUUAUGCCAGCAUGAACCAUGCCGAGAAAACCCGGCAGGGACGUGAGCUGCAACAUCAGCAGCCGAGUGGAUCAGCACCUGUCAGCCACGCUGUCCCAGGUGUUGGUCAGCGUCCUAUAUAUAAUCCCCCUCCUCCUUAUCCCAACCAUGAUCCAACACAGUUGCGAUCUGCUGGAGCCCCUGUGCAGAGACCACCUGUACCACAGGUAAAUGGUACUCAGUAUGUUGUAAGUCAAGCCAGUGGUGGUGGCAGUGUAUCACAGCCAGGAACGCAAGUGUUGCCUUCAGUUGUGCAGGCUAGUGCCAACCAGACAGUGACUGGAGGCUUCCCAGUGUCAGUGUCUCAAACUGUAAAUAACAGAGCAGUACCUGCACAGCCAGGGAAACUUGGUCAAAGGACAGGUGGAAAUGUGGUGAAAAACAGUCCUUUGUUGGUGGAUCUUUUGCGACAACCAGACCAUCAACCAGGAGUGGGUGUUAGCAAGACUAAGGUAGUGAUUGGUGGUUCUCCCCAUGGCUCACCUGCACCAGCUUCCCCCUCUUCUCGCUCUACGACUUCAACACCUUCAUCUGACUCCCUUCCACAUACUCCUCUCAACCUACCUCUACCUGCAGUGCCGGCACUCUCUCCACCUCCAGCAAGUUCCACCACAUACAGUGCUGCUAUACCAGCAUCAGGUUUGACUGGUGUGGCCUCAUCAAACCAGUUCAGUUCAGCAUACACGGUAAGAGCAAAAGAUGGAGUGCAUACUCAUCAGCAGGUAUACUCUGGAGGUUCAGUUAUAACCAGCACUGUGACUCCCCAUCCACGCCUACCAAGUAGUGUAGGAGGGGGAUUACAGCAACAUCCUCAAGCCACAGGGCAACCUCCUCCCGGCCCAAGACCUCAUUACAAUGCAGAGCAGCGCCGUUUGUCUACUGGCACUGCGCCGAACAUGCACACCAGAAUGCCUGUGCAAACUCCUGCUCGUUCCAGUAGUAUGGGAGAAACAAAGCCUGUGUCUCCCUCUCCACCACAGCUGGGUUCAGGAGGAAAGGAAAGUCAGUAUUUAAUCAAUCCCAACACUGGCCUUUUAGAGCCAAGGCCAAGUGAAAGCUCAGAUUCGGAACCAGAAGUCCGACCACCUUCCCCGAUGGUUGAAGACGUUCGUUCAAACUCACUUGGCUCUGACGAGGAGUCUAACAUGAGUGCACCAUCUAGAAAAGAGACUGAUCAGUCUGAUUCAGAAACUUCUAGAAUGUCAGUGCACAGUGUUGAAUCCAAGAAAGCUGCAGUGAACCAGGAUAGGUCCAAGUCUCGUGAUAGAGAUUCCAGUCCAGGAUCCUCCAGAGAGAACAGUGUGGUGAGUUCUGGUAGCUCAGAUGUAGCUAUUCGGCUGAAGUUAAAAAUUGGAAAGGAACCAAUUACCCAGGCUACUUUUGUCCCCAAUGCUAAGAAAAGUGAUCGGAAGGAGAUUGCUAAUUCUAGUUCAGGGUCCCAACCUGGAAAUGAGCCAAGGGUGCCGAAGCUUCACAUCAAGUUUGACUCAAAUCAAGCAGUCAUAGUUAAUCCUGGAGAUGGAAGGAGAGGUCAGGAGAAGGAUGGCGCAAAGGAGGAUAAAAGCAAGCGGAGGAGCUACAGAAACAAAUCCAGAAGUAGUGAAUCGGAUAGUGAUAGUGGGAGGGUGCGAGCCUUGAAGGUGAAGGGUAGCAAAGCUAUUGGUGAUGAAAGUUCUAAUGCGUUGAAAUUUAUGGAUGUUAAAAAGGUUAAGAUGGAAAUGGAUAUGGAGGAGAAUCCACUGAAAGUGAAAGUGAAGGAAGGUGUGGAAGGGAGACUGAAAAUUCCAAGAACUUUAGAAGACAAUCGUUUGUCAGGUAUGAAAUCAGAGAGCUCCAAGAUAUCAAAACCAGAAACGAAAUUGAAAACACGAAUUAAGACCAAACAGCCCAUCAGGAAAGUUGGAGACCUAAACAGUAUGGGUGAAAUAGCUAGUCACAAAAUCCUUGAGACCCUGCCUCCAAGCAUCACCAAAGUGGCUGCCUUACACACUCAGCAACCACACAGAAACCCUUCCUCCUCAAGUCAGUCCUCAUUGGUCUCGUCAGCUGCAGGAACCUCAUUAUCCGCUGUAUCAAGUGGGACCUCCUCUCAGCCAGCUGGUGAACUGUUCAAAGCAGAGCUGGAGAAGAGAGGUAGUGAGAUUAUUAGAAAAUCUGAAAUAAAAAAUGACCUGGAAAAGAAUAGUGCUGACAGUCUCAUAAAUCGCCUUCGCCUGAUGAAUGGAGAUGUGACCCAUGGAGAGAAUAAGCUCCUGAUGGGUCGGAUUCGACAAAAGACUGCAGGUGCAGGCCAGCAGCCACAGCAGCAGCAACAGCAGCAACCGCAGCAACCGCAGCAGCAGCAGCCAACUGCAACAACAGCAGCAAGCAACAGCAGCAGCAGCAACAGCAGCCAGCAGCAACAGCAGCAGCAGGGGGAUGGUCCAGGUGGCAGCAAGCUGACAAUCAAGAGAAAAGGUUCUGGGGAAACACACACCCUGGAGUCUCUAAAGAAGGAUCUUCCUGAAGCAAACUCUGAUGAUAACCAUCCACACAGGUUAACAAAGAACGAAACUCUGAGUAUAAAUAAGUCGAGUGAUGGUGAGAGUAGAAGCCCAAACAAAAACAAAAGUGAAGUGACUAAGGUGGGUAAAGUGACUCAUUUAGAUGUGAAUGACAGAAAAGCUUUGAAGGAGGCACUGAAGAGUUCGCAAUGUUCUAGUAAAAAGAACGACACUCACAAAAGCAGUAUGCAUGAUCUUUUGAGACGCUUUAAUUCUAAAGACAGUUCAACUACAGUGCCUGUCUCUUCUCAGUCUGAGAGUACAAACAGCAACAGUGGGGUUAAAGUGGAAAGCAAAGUCAUGGAGACCCCAGAAAAGGUGAAGCAGGAGGUGAAAUGCGAGGAGAAAAGUGAGAGCAAUGAGCCGCACAUACCAAGUGUUAAUUCUUCUAGCAGCUGUGAUACUAGUGUUAAACAAGAGCCUGAGCAAACCAAGGUUCUAGAGCAAGCUAAAGGUCCAGACUUUCCUGGCAGUGUUAUAUUAACAAAAAGUGAGGUAGAGAGCCCUGAUGGCACACCCAAGGGUGAGCAUGGUAGUGGACAGGGUGGAGAGGAUUCUGGGAUUGAGUCAAUGGAUGCCCUUUCUGAGAAGAGUCCAAAUCAGAGUGAUCAGAGUCCCAGCAGGAGAGAAGACAAAGAGUGUGAGGCAUUUCAUGAGAAAAGUGAUAAGGCCCCAGUUUCAAAGGGAGAGAGUGUCAGCACUUGUAGAUCCAAUGUGACACCAAGCAUUGCUGGGAACAGCACUCAAGAAGAACCCAAUUUGAGUGCCAAAAUUGAAAUCAAAUCAGAAAAUGUUGAAGAGCAGGAGGAGGGAGAAACAACAAAAUCUGAAAAUGAUUCUACCACUGCAAAGUGUAGCACCCAGCAAUGUGAAUCUCCAAAGGACAAGUCUGACACCACAGAAUGCAGGCAAACUGAUACAAAUACAACCGCCCAAGAAUCUUGUAUAAAAAGUGAAGAACAGCCCACAAAAUCUGUUCAAGAAGUGACUAGUCCCAAAGAAUUGCCUGUUCCAGUUGCAGACAUAAAAAAUGAAUCAAUUGAGUCUGUGACUCCAGGCCAAGCAGAUGAUGAGUCUAAGGGAUGUGAGACGAACUUGUCAUCAUUCCCAGACCCUUCCACUUCUUGUAGUACUUCGUUGCCAUCAGGCUCUACACCACUUGUGCCAGUCUCAAGUUUUUCAUCCACAUGUUCGUCCAUCUCUUCACCUGCUUCACUCACAGUUUCUCAGCCAAGUCCCGUGAAGUCACCCCAAACGUCCUUGCCUGUAUCUGUGAAGACAGAGCCUGUGACAACAGACACUGUGCCUGCUGUGUCACAAGCUUCAUCAGAGUCAUCAGUAAAUAAUAGUUCAUCUCCCACUCCUCCCUCAUCUGUAUCAACACUUCCAACUCAGACGUCCUCAAGCACUGCAGAUGUUACUCCUACAUCAAGCAGUUCUUCUACUGCAAAUCUCUUGACUCUCACUAAUACAACUAAUACAACUUCAACUGUGCUGUCCACCACUUUUACUGUCCCCACACUAAGUGUGUCUACACCAUCUACUCCAACUUCUACCCCAACUUCACCUACGUCUCCCACCUCCAGUAGUCCUAGCUCUUACACCCCAGACACUCCUAGUCUUACAGUUACAAGCAAUACUACUUGUACUACAGUUACAAGUACACCUGUUUCCACAUUCAGUUCCACCUUUACCCCCAUUACUACUGUUCAUUCAAUUCCGUCAGUGCCUGACACUCCAAAGACAACAAGUUCGAGUACUACAUCCAUUUUAUCGUCAUCCAAGCCUUCAUUACUUGCACUUACUCUAACAAGACCACAGACCUCUAGUGCCCCAUCACAGCCUUCAUCAACCCAGGUAGCCUCUCCACCAGCAGUUGAUAAAGUAGCUUCUUCACCAGCACCGAAUGAUUCGUGCUGUACUAUUUCUACAUCGUCCUCAAGUAGCAGUCAGCCGACCGUGACAAGCACAACUACUGUGGCGGCAACAACCACCAGUGCUAAAUUGGUCACACUGAAACCUAGCACAAGCCAGGGACAAGUGAGCACUCCUCUCAAUCUUCCCCCGGGGACAACUUUUCGGUUAGUGGCCCUACCAGGUAAGAGUGCCAUGGCUCCCACCACCAGUCCAGUCAAAGUAGUGGUUUCACCUAUGAAAGGCCAGCUGAGCCAACAGGUGACAUCAGGCAUUGGCAGUAUGACAGUGGUGACAGUGAAGCCAGUGGUAAUGGCAACAGGUGGGGCCAAGAACAGCCACCUACUUCAGACCCUUUCAGUUAGCAAGACUGAGGAAUCUAGUCCUCCCUCUCUCCUCAAGGCUCACCUAACUGCACCAACCCUUACUACAGCAGCUCAGGCUCUGGCUACCUCAGUCACCAACUCUGCCACCACACCAAUUGUCUCUAGUACAAUGGCCAAUGGAGAUGACACAGAGGAUCUUGACUUCGUGGGCUUCUCUAGUUCGCCCCAGGUCAAGCUUUUACAGCCGAGCGAGUUGAAAAGGGAGAUACUCAAAACAGAGGUUGGAGAGACUCGGAGAGCAGAGUCUUGUAAAAGUCCAGAAGUGGUAUCUCCAACGGGGGAUGAGCCAACUCCCAUGAGGGUACACCCUCCCCUCUACACUUAUGGUAAUAGGGAGAGAAAGAAGGACGUAGAAUCAGAUGCUGAGGACAAGGAGAAGGAAGAUGGGAAGAGCAUGUCUGAGUGUGAAGGUAGUUCUGACUUGAAGUGCAGUGAUUUGUCUGAACUGGAUAAAGAAAAAGAGGAAGGUGUUAAGCCUAAAACCAAAGAAAAGAAAUUUGAUGCUCUGUCUAUUGAGAUCCCACCAACGGAUCCAACCCUUCCUGAUGAUAAGCGCUUGACGAGAAGCACAAGACACAGUGCAAGGCUUGCCAGUCCCAAGGUGAGCAGUCCAGGAGCUGAGCUGAGCCCAAAAGUGGACAGAAGAAGUCCAGCAAGUAUGUCAUCCAUGGGUAAGCCAAGUCCUGUUCCAGUUCUGAGACCAAGUGUCAGUCCAGCCACAAGAGGAACCAAAAGACGACGACAUGAGUCUGAGAGUAGCAACGCCUCCAGUGUGAACGAGGAAACACAGGAGCCUGCUACUAAAUCCACUCGAAGAAAACCACCAGAUAAAAUUGGAGGGGAAAAGGAGGAAUGUCAGAAAGUAAAAGUUACCAAACCAAAGGAAGCUGAUGGUGAAACAAAAUCUUCAAAAGAUGAGGAGGAUAGCUCUGGAGAUGAAUCUCUAGAAGGAGGGAGCACCAAGAAGAGAAAUCCAUCUGCAGCCUCCACAUCUACCAAUGAAGAUGAAGAUGAUUCCAGACCAUCCUCCAGAAGCAGUCGAACAUCCUGCAAGGCAUCUGCACGCAGCAGAGAGAGACAGAGCUCUGCCGAGUCCACUGGUACCACGAGGGAUACUACCCCGACGCGACGAACGCCCAGGCAAAACAACCGGGCGCCUAACAAGGAGAAGUCUCCUGAGCCAGCCAAGGAAAAGGGGCAAGUGGCGGCAGCAGCACCCAAACCCCAAACCAGCCGGGAUGCCAAGGACAGAGGGGUGAAAGAAGCAGUGAAAGAGAAGGAGGGAACAAAGGAGAAAGACGGUGAGAAAAGAGAGCCGGUGAAAGAGAAGGAUACUCAGCAGAAGGACAAAAGAACUCCAACGGUAAACAAAGAUGUUAAAACGAUACCCAAAGACAAAAGUCCGCUGUCAAAGGACAAAGAAAAGGAUAAGAGCCCAGUACAAGGAGCAAAGACGAGAAAAGAAAGUGAUCCGUCAGAACCAGAUGCCAGUAACAGAAGAAAAACUAGAAGUACAGCGACAGCGAAUGAAGACACUCCCAACAAGAGAAGAAGAUUGUCCAAGGAUAAAUAGAAUUACCUUUCUUUCUGGAGAAAUGAUAUGGUUGCUGCUUCUGGAACAGUGUUUGAAUCUUUCCAUUAGUUUUCUCUGGGAAUGGUGGAGUGUUGCUGUGAGCAGACAGCAGUGUGUAUCAGUAUUAGAAAAAAAAACAGUGCAAUACCAGACGUUCUCUCUUGUGCUGUCUGUCUCCCUCUGUUCCUAUGAUGGUUCGCUUGGUGACUGACGCCAGCUGCCAUUACCUUUCUUGUUUAAGUUACCUCUGCCUGACCGACCACUUUGCCAAGUCAGGGGAACAGUGUUGAAAUAAGCUCAGUCAGUGAGUCGCUUGGCGGUCAUGUGCGGCCAAGGGACCUGUUUCCUUCAAUAGGUCAAAGUGGAUAGACUCAAGAUCUCAGCCUCUGGCACCCCAUGAUUUACCUUUUUUUAUUUUAUUAUUAUUUUUUUUAAUCUACAGAAAUUCUGUAGAACCCCCUUUUUGUUAAGGCCGAUUUUGUUAUCAUUUAUUAUUGUACUGCUUGUAACAAUGAAUAGUGGUAUGAUAUGCUAUAUGAAGUGUGAGUAACCGCUAUAACCCAACAAGACAGUUAUAUGCAGUGACUGUGUGAUUUUAGGGUGAUGAUCCCCCAGUGAGAAUGUCUCCUGGUAGUGUUGUCAGGGACAGAGGAUGGUGAUGUGGCUGCCCUACAAAUUUGGUGUGGACAGCUCUUGUGAGUUUAAACCAACCACGGCAGACAACUGCCCAACCACAUUGUGGCGCCCCACAUUUCUACACCAACACCUCUAUUGUACAUGUAGAUUGUAAAUAUAUCAAAUGGUGAAUGUUUUUAAGUGUACAAAGUACAGCAAAGUUAAUAUUUUCUGUGUAUUUCUGUAUAGAUGACUGCAAGUAGAUGCAGAUCCUGUAAAUUAUAAGCUUAAAGUGUAGAGCCUUUGAAGGUGAAACUGCGGCUGUAUUUACUGUAAAUAUUGUAAUCUGUUGUAUAGACUAUCACUUCUGCAAAAUACCUUGUUAAUGAUGUUUGUUUCCCACGUUCUAUACCCUAUGCCAUUUCCUCUAAACACCUCACUUGCACUUCUUUCCGAACUAUUUCUUAUUUGCUAACUUCUGGCUUGUUCAUGCCUUGCUGUAGGAGAUUUGUGUUGGGCAUACUUGCCUUAGAGAUCAUUUCGUUUUAUGAACUUGAUCAGAACUUUUUGCACAGGUUAGGAUUUGACUCCUGUAUUUGAAGGCAUGAACAAUGUAAAAUAUUUGUAAUCUAUCCUAAUCUAUUUUUUUAGCUUAAUGGCAUGAAAAUUAUUCUUUAAUGGCCCUAUUGAUUCUAUUGUAAUGUAAGAUUUCAUAUUUUACAUUGUUAUGAAUAACAGUUUUAAUUAUAUACAUUGACUUUCUGUACAGAACAUUUUAAUAGUCCUAUUUUCUCAACCUGUAUUGCAAUAAUUAUUACACAGAGCAUGUCAAGAGUCUUGAUUUGUCCCUUGGUGUAUAGGGUGAUUGUUCUUAAGAGAUGUUUACAAGUCUUUAAUUCAUUUAGUCUUUAUUUCAUACCUGUUUUGGGGUUGGUGUCACACAGAUUUAUUUAUAUGUUUAUAUUAUGCCAAUGCACGACCCUGCCUAUUUCUCAUUUCUUUUGAAAAAAGAAUUUCAACAAGCUCUUGCUAGGAAACAUCCAUUGUCUCGAUCUGUCACCCAAGGCACUCUGAAGACAAGACAUACUGUAGUAAAGUGUGUGUAUUUUGUAUUUUUCUAAAAGAUGCAACUGGAGGGCAAGGUGGCUGUUGUGUCCCUGGCUCUUACAGUUGUGAAAGCCCCAGAUAUGGUGUAUAAUGUUACUGAAGGAGUAAACUGACCAAUAUGGCAGGCCAGUCUUUGGUGUCUCCCUUCCCAAGUCUUACGAAUAUAGCUCGUGUUAGCCUGUCCCACCCAAGACGCCGAGGCUUCGACCUCACCUUGUUUUGGUCUAUUGGAAAGGCCACAACUUCCCCAGUACAAACAUAUAGAGGUCAGGAUUGUAGCCAUUUAUCUUUUCUAUUUUUAACAUGUAGGAAGGAUUUAUGUAGAUGUACAGAGAAUAUCUUGACAAUGGACAUAGUAAAGAAAUUGAUUAAU